CGAACGAUCUCUUCCCCGUCUGCGAUUUGUCCUAAACUCUUCUCUUCAGCUCACUAUCUCCGAUUCUCCAUAGCCUCUAAUCUAUUCCCAGUUCUUAUUCUCAGAUUAGAAGGGGGACGGAGAAGUUUUGCUAAAUUUUUCUUUCCCGAAAGGCCCCUGUCCAUUUCCAGUAAUGCCAAAUCCAAACCUGUACUUUUCAAGAUAGAAGAUAGAAAAUUCAAACAUGAUUGUUAGAACUUAUGGUCGCCGAAACCGGGGCUCAGCCAGGACCUACUCCGAUUCGUUAGACGACACCGUUCCCGAGCAUUCCUUUACUCUCUUAUCAUCAUCCCAAGAAAACCCAUCUCAAGAUUUUUAUAGUUUACCCUUUUCCUCACAAGAAUCUUCGUCUCUCUGGCCUUCCUUCGAUCCCGAUCCCGAUCCAUACAACUUCAAUUCCUUGCAGGAGAAUGCUUUUUCGAAUGGCGUUGUUUCUAGGAAGUCGAAGAAACCGAGGAAUGGGAAAUUGCACAGACCUGCACCUGCUGGAAAGAGUAGUAAUCCUAGGUCUUUAGUUCCGGUGACUUCGACUUUGAUGGAGGCGCAGGAAUUUGGAGAGAUGAUGGAGCAUGUUGAUGAGGUUAAUUUUGGGCUUGAUGGGUUGAGGAAAGGCCAACCUGUUAGAAUCAGGAGGGCCAGCUUAUUGUCUCUUUUGUCGAUUUGUGGAACAGCACAGCAGCGACGGCUCUUGAGGGCUCAAGGGUUGGCAAAGAAAAUAAUUGAUGCUGUAUUGGGUCUCAGCUUUGAUGACUCCUCCAGCAAUCUGGCUGCUGCAACCCUUUUCUAUGUUUUGACGAGUGAUGGUCAAGAUGAUCAUCUUUUGGAAUCACCGGGAUGCAUUCGUUUUCUAAUUAACUUGUUGAAACCAGUUAUUUCUACUGCUGCUGAAGACAAAACCCGAAAUAUUGGCAAUAAACUUUUAGCAUUACGCAAAGAUUCUGAUAUCUUAAGAGAUACAACGAAACUGGUAGAUUCCCACUCUGUUGACAUUGUUGGCAAAGUUCUGGGAAUUCUUGUUAACUCUAAGGACAUGAAGUCAUAUGGUGAGGAUGAUAAUGGAAUGGACAGACCAGAGUUGAGCCCCAAGUGGAUAGCUUUGCUGACCAUGGAGAAAGCUUGCUUAUCUAAGAUAUCAUUUGAAGAUACAUCUGGAAUGGUAAGGAAGACAGGUGGAAACUUUAAGGAGAAGUUACGGGAGCUGGGAGGACUAGAUGCUGUCUUUGAGGUUGCCAUGAAAUGUCAUUCUGUUAUGGAGACUUGGACUGGACAAGGUUCAGCCACUGUUCAGGAUGCAAAAGACGACUCAGGCUUUCAGAGCCUGGUGCUACUUCUAAAAUGUUUGAAAAUCAUGGAAAAUGCUACAUUCCUUAGUAAAGAUAAUCAGAUCCAUUUGCUUGCAAUGAAAGGAAAUUUGGAUUCUCAUGGAUGCCGGUUUUCUUUUACGGAACUUAUUAUAAGUUUCAUCAAAAUUCUGUCUGGUCUUUAUCUACUUAAAAGUGCUGCUAAUAUCUCCGAUGAUGGAAAGCAUUGCAGUCUUUCUGAUGGUAGUUAUCAUGCUUCCGAUGUGGCUUUAAUUGCAGACCAAAAAGUAAAUGGUAACGAAAUUAUAUACAUCAGUUCUUCAACAAAUUGCUCUGGUGCAGAGAGGACCUCCUCUGAGAACAGCUUUAAUGCAUCUCAGAAAUCUAUUUCCCAGUUUAGUUUUUCUGCUUCCAGUUCUGAAACUACCUCUACAUUCAUGAAUGAUGCUUGCCAAUUAAGGAUGGGAGUCCAUUCUUCAACGUCUGGCUCAUGUAGCGGGACAUUAAGGAGAUCUAAUAGUGGAACGCCUGUAACUAGCAAUGGGUUAAGGACAAAAUUUGGGCUUCCUGAGAGAACUAAUUGUACAAAAAAUACCAAUACCAAGUGUGAACUCUUAGAGGAUAGCCAAGAUCCUUUUGCAUUUGAUGAAGAUGAAUUACAGCCCUCGAAGUGGGACUUACUAUCUGGAAAGCAGAAAAAACCUCACUCUCGAAAUCACAGUGUAAUCUCAAAAGAUCUUGAAGAUGGGUGCCAAUAUCAGCUAAUGAGCCAAGAAGAAUCAAGUAAUGGUGCAAAUCACCAACAAAAAUCAAGACAAGUGGAACAACAUCAUCCCUCACAGGAGAAUUCUUACACCAAUGCUGCUGAGAAAGAACAUUCCAGCUUUCUGGCAGACUGUCUUCUUACUGCAGUCAAGGUUCUAAUGAAUUUAACAAAUGACAACCCUAUUGGUUGUGAACAAAUUGCUGCUUGUGGAGGACUUGAAACUAUGUCUUCUUUGAUUGCUGGUCACUUCCCUUCAUUCAGCUCAUCUUUACCUUCCUUCAGUGAGAUGAAAGAGUAUUCCACAAGUGUUGAACUUGAAAAGCAGAAUGAUAAUCAUCUUACUGAUCAAGAGUUGGAUUUCCUUGUUGCUAUAUUGGGCCUACUAGUGAACUUGGUUGAGAAGGAUGGUCAUAACAGGUCAAGGCUUGCUGCAACAACUGUUUCAUUACCUAGCUCAGAAGGAUUAGAUGAGGAAAGUCACAGGGAUGUAAUUCCACUACUGUGUUCAAUCUUUCUAGCGAACCAAGGAGCAGGAGAUGCAUCUGGAGAAGGAAAUACAGUGGCUUGGAAUGAUGAGGCAGCUGUGCUACAGGGAGAGAAAGAAGCCGAGAAGAUGAUUGUAGAAGCUUAUGCAGCACUCCUACUUGCAUUCCUUUCAACAGAAAGUAAGAGCAUUCGUGAUUCUAUAGCUGAUUGCCUUCCAAAUCACAGCCUGGCUGUUCUUGUUCCUGUCUUGGAGAGAUUUGUGGCAUUUCAUUUGACAUUAAACAUGAUACCACCAGAGACUCAUAAAGCUGUGAGUGAAGUAAUCGAAUCGUGUAGGAUACCUUGAAGGCUCAAGGAAUGCAAAAUUUGUACAGCCUCUUCCUUCCUGUCAGAUAAACUUCUGUUGUAAACAAUGUCUCCUUAGAUUGCUCCAGCACACUGCACACCCAUCAAAGCUGACUACCUGCCUGCAAUUUAUCUGAUUGACUUCUGGGAAUUCUUUUUCCCCGCCUUUUUGUUUCUUUCCCUUUUUCUACAAUAUUCUUUCUGUAUGGUGCAGGCUGAGACGCUUGUAUACAAAAAUGAUAGUAGAAUCAAAUUAUAUUCCUUUGUGCAUUAUCUAUGUAAUUUGUUUUUUGUAAUUUUCCCCAUCAACCCAUAUUAUUUCUGUUUGCAAACAUACCCUUUUGUUUUGCUUUCUCAAGUGAGUUAAAGAUGUUUUAGUCAGUACGUUGUCAGAACUCUUUAAUCUAUUGUGUAUUGUAAAAGGGAAAUUUGUGUACUGACCUUUGUCUAUGGUUCCUCUAAUGUCAGAAAUGUAGUAACUUUUCAA